AUGCUUCUCCAAGUCCUCCUUGUUCCGGGGCUGGCCGCGCUGGCGGCAGCAACACCGCUGGUCGAUGCGGAGGCCCGACUCCACCAGGAACAAAAACGCCAGCUUGGCAGCCUCGCCGGAGAGGAGGGCAAGGAUGCCGUCUUCGACUACGUGAUCGUGGGCGGCGGAACGGCAGGGCUGACGCUGGCCAACCGACUGACCGCCAACAGCAGCCUCACCGUGGCCGUGGUCGAGGGCGGCACCUUCUACCAGGUCACCAACCCCAUCAUCGGCCAGACCCCCGCGGGCGACAUCUUGUUCACAGGGUCCAGCCCGCUCGACACCAACCCGCUGGUGGACUGGAACAUGGUGACGGAGCCGCAGGAGGGGCUCGGCGGGCGCAGCAUCCACUACGCGCGGGGCAAGUGCUUGGGCGGCUCGUCGGCGCGCAACUUCAUGAUCUACCAGCGCGGCACCAAGCAGUCGUACCAGAAGUGGGCCGACGCCGUGGGCGACGACAGCUACGGCUGGGACAGCCUGCUGCCCUACUUGGAGCGCAGUGUCCAGUUCCACCCGCCGCGCGCCACGCGCUUCCCCAACGCCACGGUCAGCUUCGACCCCUCGGCCUUCUCGCCAGCCGGCGGGCCGCUACGCGUGUCGUACCCCAACUACGCCCAGCCCUUCAGCACCUGGCUCGGCCCGGCCCUGGAACAGAUCGGCAUCCCGCCCGCCCGCGACUUCAACAGCGGCCAGGCCGCCGGCUCCGGGUACUGCGCCACGACCAUCGAGCCCGGCCGCGCGAAGCGGGACUCGAGCCAGACGUCGUUCCUGGCCGCCGCGGCCGGGCGCGGCAACCUCAAGGUCUACCAGCUGACGCUAGCGCGCAAGAUCCUGUUCGACGGCGACAAGAGGGCCACGGGCGUCGUCGUCUCGCCCGAGCCGCUAGGCAAGGCCGGCGCGGCCGCCAGCUACACGCUGCGGGCGCGGCGCGAGGUGAUCCUGUCGGCUGGGGCGCUGCAGAGCCCGCAGCUGCUGAUGCUGUCGGGUGUGGGGCCGCGCGCCCACCUCGAAAGGUUCAGCAUCCCCGUCGUCGCCGACCGCCCGGGCGUCGGGCAGGGCAUGGAGGACCACGUCAUGUUCGGCCCGUCGUGGCGCGUGCGCGUGCAGACGCUGACCCGCCUCGCCAACGACCCCGUCUAUCUGGCCACCCAGUUCGCGGGCCCUUACACGCUUCUCGCGCGCGGCCCGCUAUCUAGCCCCACCGCUGACUUUCUGGCAUGGGAGAAGGCGCCGCGGGAGUUGGUGUCGCCAGCCGCUGGCGCCGCGCUCGACGCGGCCUUCCCGCCCGACUGGCCCGAGAUCGAGUACCUCAGCGCGGCCGGCUACAUCGGCGACUUCAAGAGCCUGCUGACGUCGCAGCCGCGCGACGGCCACCAGUACGCCACCAUCCUUGCCGGGCUGAUGGCGCCGCUGUCGCGCGGGUCCGUGACGCUAAAGUCGGCCGACCCGGCCGACCACCCCGCCAUCGACCCGCGCUGGCUGACGGACGCGACCGACGCCGCCGUGGCCGUGGCCGCCUACCGCCGCAUCCGCGCCGCCUUUGCUUCGCCCGCCAUGCGGCCCGUCCUGGCCGACGACGUCGAGUACUUCCCCGGCCCCGCCGUGCGCACCGACGAGCAGCUGCUCGCCACCAUCCGCGCCUCCGCCAUGACGCUCUGGCACGCUGCCUGCACCUGCCGCAUGGGCCGGGUGGACGACCCGGCCGCCGUCGUCGACUCGGCCGCGCGCGUCAUCGGCGUCAGGGGGCUGAGGGUCGUGGACGCGAGCAGCUUCGCGCUGCUGCCGCCGGGACACCCGCAGGCCACGAUUUACGCGCUGGCUGAGAAGAUUGCCGACGACAUUCUCAAGGGUACUGGUCGCUGA